AUGGCACCUAUUCCAGUAACUAUAAAUGCUUCAUCGUCAACUUCGGUGCCAACUUCACCUCCUGAUCGAUGCCUGAUACAAAAUAAUUUACCAUUUUCAUCAGCAUCAGUUGGAGAUAGUACUACAUCUACAGAUGCCCUAGAUACUGCAACAUCUACCAUGAAUACAGAAUCAGCUACAGUACCAACAAGUUGUUUAUUUGGACAGUACAAUCUUGAAGGCUCAUCACCAUCAAGUUGUAGACCAAUUCGUUCACAAAGGACACCAAUGCGUGAAAUAACAACUUUAGAUGACCCUAAUGAAUUGGAAGAAUUUAUGCAACAAGGCGAAGAAGCUUGUAUUUUAGAUAUGAAAAAAUUUAUCACACAAUUCUCACUUAGACAAACAACAGUUGCUAUGAUGACUGGUGUUUCACAGCCAUAUAUAUCAAAAUUGCUCAAUGGUAAUCACCGAGAAUUAUCACUACGUUGUCGAAAAAAUAUUUAUUCGUGGUAUUUGAAUUGUAGACGACAUCCAGAAAAACUUUCAUCUUUUCUGGCUGAUCCAUCAACUCGUUUGGAGACAAAUGGUGAUGGGGAAUUAAUUCCACAACGUCGUGAACGAUAUGUAUUUCGUCCUAUACUAAUUAGAAUUCUGGAAGGCUUUUUUGCUCAAACGCCAUUUCCGGAUUUAAAUCGUCGAAUUGAAAUUGCUACAGCAUGUAAUCAAGCAUUACAAAUUGACAAAAAAGGAGUAGGAUUAAUGCCAAAAGAAGUAGUAUCACCGCAAGUUGUCGCAAAUUGGUUUGCUAAUAAACGAAAAGAAUUGCGUCGUCGCUCCAAUGAUGAAUGCAACGAUACUAAUGCGCACAUAUCACAAGUUAGUUCACCUGAUGGUGUUUCUUCACCAUCUCCAACAGCAAGUAUAUCAAAUACACCAAUGGAAACUGAUCGAAUUGGACUUGAUGAUCGCGGAGUAAAUUCAAUCUCAGUUACUACAUCUGUUCCAAUAAGUGUUCCAACUAUACGGCUAGGAAAUAGUCCAGUCAGAGCUGAUACAAAACUUUUUUCGUCACUUGUUCAACAGCAAGCAGCUCUUGUACAAACUUUAGCAAAUGCUAAUAAUUUUUGUCCAAAAAUUGAUUCAGAAUCUCCACUUUCUAAUGCAGCUUCGCCCAUACCAACAAAUAAUUAUUCAAGACUAGAUGAUAUUAGCCCUGAUAGUGUAGAUUCAAAUAAUCAACAACAACAAGCAAAAUCUGAUGGAUUAACAACAUCAUCAACUGGUCAACAGUGCUUACCAGAUAUUAAAUGUCAACUAAAUUUGGUAAACAAUUCUAUGCUAGCAUUAAUGAAUCCAUAUGCUAAUCAAAUCCAUAAUUCAGUUAUCAAAGUUGAACAAACUGCAGAAUAA